AUGCCUGGAAUUCUUGACCUACCGCGCGAAUUGGUGCAGUGCAUAGCCGAGCACUUGAGUUGUCAGCCGGAUAUCAAUGCUCUUGCUCGAACUGCCACCUACACGUAUCAAGUUGUUGAUCUACAUCUAUAUCGUGUCAACGCACAAUGCAACAGUUCUGCAUUAUUAUGGGCAGCCAAAUUUGGGGAACUUGGAACGGCUCAGAAGAGUUUGGAAGCGGGAGCUCAGACACAGCUGAGCGUCCUACAAGCGGCACUGUCAAAGGCGGCAGAAUUCGGGCACGAGUAUGUAGUUGAUCUGCUGCUCGACAUAGAAGGCGUCGACUCCGAUUUUGAGGACUCUGACGGCGAGACACCGUUGUUCAAGGCAGCGAAAAACGGGCAAGCAGAAGUCAUCAAUAUGCUACUCAUCAGGGACUCCGUCAAUCCCGAUUUCAAAAUUAAGACUGGAGAAACACCACUAUGGUGGGCAGCAUCAAUAGGAAAUGAGGAGGUGGUCGCACUGCUACUCGGCUUGGGUGACUGGGUCAAGCCAAAUUCAAGGAAUAUCAGGGGAGAAACCCCUCUAUCCUGUGCGUCACAAAAUGGGCAUCUCAAGGUAGUGCGAUUACUUCUUGGGACACGAGGCAUCGACCCAAAUUUGCAAGAUUUCAUGGGAGAGACCCCACUUUUCAAAGCCAUCAUGAACAAGCAUCGUUUUGUGGUUGAGCAGCUGCUUGCAUCGAUAUCGAUUGACUGUGAUUUGGCCGAUCGAAGAGGAGAUACACCGCUGACAAAAGCAGCUUCUCAAGAUGACGAGGCAUUAGUCAAGUUGCUGCUUGCCAAGGGAGUUGCGAGACCUGAUGCCAACGAUUUGUCUGGCCGCACGACCUUGUCAUGGGCAGCACAAUGGGAUCAUUUAGACGUGACGAGAUUGCUCCUUGCUACCAAAGGGAUUGACCCUAACUCCAAAGAUUAUUGGGGGUGUACACCGUUAUGGCAUGCAGCAUCAUGCGGCAACGAAGGAGUAGUCGAUUUAUUACUCGGCUGUGCGAGUGUUAACCCCGACUCUGCCUGCAAUAAGGGAACGACACCUCUAUAUUGCGCGGCAGCAGGUGGGUAUGAGACAAUCGUCAAUGCACUUAUUGCUACAGGGAGGGUCAACCCAAACGUCGAGAAUGGUACAGACCAAGCAGCUCUCUCAAUAGCCGCAUUUAACGGACAUGAGAUGAUCGUUAGACGACUGCUUGCCGCUGGGGCCAAUCCGGAUAUCAAAGAUUCCAACUGGGAUACACCACUCUCAAUUUCAUGUUCAGCAGCACAUGGUCGUGAGGCAGUGGCCAAAUUGCUGCUUGCUACGGAAGGUGUGAAUCUCAAUUCGCAGAACAUCCAAGGACGUACACCUUUGUCAAUUGCGGUCCAGAGAGGGAAAAGAGGAAUGGUAGAGCUGCUUCUCACAACGGAAGGCGUGAAUGCGCGAUUGAAUGACUUUGAAGGACGAACGCCUUUGUCAUGGACAGAUAAUAUCGGUGACAAGGCUGUGGCGGAGGUAAUCCGUGAUCGACUGUCAUUUUUUGAAGCUUGA